UUGUUAUGUCUCAACAAGGAUGAACCAACCUGGUCGUCUGGGCCAUAUACCUCAACAAGGGUGAGAGUGCUUCUGUUCUCUUGUUAUUCACGUUUUCUUUAAUAUAGUACUCGCCCCAACCCUUUGGUUCGGUGAGAAGAGGGAUCGACAGCCAAGGAACACUUCUCGAGAACUGCUCCUCAACUGCGUACAUCCUGGAAUAAACCAUCUAUUCUACCCUCUUAUCCAAACUGUCAAAUUGCUUUGAUUUCGACUUCAAGAACUACUACAACUACGAAAAAUACACAACGCAGAGUCUAUACGAACAGUUAAGAUAUAAACUGAAACCUAACAUUUGGUGCCGUGACACCGUCUUGAAGAGAGAGGAGUGAGAAGACAAUUGCCUCUGAGGUUUGCCCUGUGAUCGAGAAGACCACGCGCCCUGCCUGGGAAUACGUAUGAUCAACGCCUGCCCUGCUGAGGGACCCGCAUCUUCCACAACGCGGCUGAACCAGCGCAUCUCCAUGCACCACGUGGGAAUCAACGGCGACUAAUCUUAUUCCACACUCUCGACCAAGAACAAGAAAAAAUGUCUUCUCAAGAAGGUCCGCAUUCGGUCUCCUUCGCCGGCUGUGGGUUCCUGGCCACCUACCAGCUGGGUGUGGCCCAGGGUCUGCUGACCCAGGCCCCCUGGAUCCUGCACGCCGCCCCCCGGGUGCUGGGGGCGUCUUCUGGCUCUCUGGUGGCCGCCGCCGUUGUUUGCGGAGUCAAGAUCCCGAAGAUGGUGGAAGAGCUACUGCUGUUUGCCAGCCGGCUGAACGAGAUACCACUCGGACCUCUGAACCCCUCAAUCAACAUGGCUAAAUGGCUUGAGUACGUGCUCCGAAAACACCUCUCAAACGACUCACACCGAUUGGCCAACGGCCGGCUAGGUGUGGCGGUGACCCGGCUGCUUUCCAGUAAGAAAAUCAUGGUGACGGACUUCCACUCCAAAGAGGAACUGUUGCAGGCUCUGUUGUGCAGCUGUUUCGUCCCGGGGUACUGUGGCGUGGUUCCUCCUUCCUUCAAAGGGGUUCAUUACGUGGACGGCGGUUUCACGAGCAUGCUGCCCCAGCCAGAUCACUCCCUCAGGACCUUGACCGUCUCUGCGUUCUCCGGUGAGGUGGACAUCUGCCCCCAGAACGAGCCGAACACUCUGGACCUGGUCGUGAGCGGGACGAUCAUGAAUCUGAACCAGGCCAACAGCCGUAGGCUGGUCAAUGCCCUCUACCCCAGCGAUGUAGAGGGUCUGGAAACGGCAUAUCACAAUGGAAUCAAAGACGCAAUUCACUUUCUCCAAAGCAGCGAUCUCUCCACGUUUCUGACCAGAGAGCACCUCUCCGCUUUGAAUCGCUACAUCAGAAUGAAAGACGUGCUGCAUCUAGAAACCAACUGUAACGAGGAGGAGGAGGAGGAGGAGGAGGAGGAGGAGGAGGAGGAAGAGGAGGAAGAAGAGAACGAAACUGGGGAGAAGGUCUGGAGGACAUCUCUUACCGAUGACGACAUGUGGUGGACGGGCAACAUGGUCGACAAAGAAUUCCCUGGCAAUGCAAGACCCUUGAAGCGCGAGGGAUUCCCUGAUCUGAACCGAGCUAUUCUGUUCUACCUGUGCUACAUGAGCGGAUUUGGUUUCCCAACCAUUGUGUCCUACCUGCUUCUACCGAUCAACAUUCCCUACUUCUACUACCGCAACAAGGAGACGGUGGUGUGGCUCUCCUGGGCGAUGCUGAGUGCUCUACAGUUGACCUUGUUUGUGCUCCAAAUGCUGUUCUUUACCGUCCAGAAGAAUGUUAAGGAAAGAUUACUACCCGUUUUCACAGAGCUGCAGGGGCUGAACGUCCAAGCCGAAUACAAGAGCCCCAGGCCGAAUGAGAGAGGGGACUGGUAUUCGACGCUGGGACUGCACUUCUUACACUCGACCCAGACUGAGGCGGUCAGCACCGAGUCCACCUCCUCCGUGGCUGACCAGGUCUCCUCCUCCGUAUGGCUCCAUCUGGAGUGUGAGAAGGAGGACGCGGAGCUGGUCAACGUACACAGGCGCUUCGCACGCGAGCACUCCAUCAUGGGAUAAGAACUCGCCCGAGACCGCCACCCUCGGGGGGCAGAAUAUUACCUCGGAGGCUUGGUUGGAAGUUUGGAUGCGUUUGUGAAGAUACGUAGGCUACUUCACAAAGUUUGAAGAGUUGUCAGUAAAGGAAGUGCAGGAGCAUUAGAGAUUAUCUUUCAGCUUGUGUGAUUAUACAUUACAUUUGACUUUUGUAUAAAAUAUCAUAUAUAUAUUUAAGCAAUAGAUCACGCCAGGCUGUGGUAUGUGCUCAUUAUACCACUGUUAAGGGGCGUUGUCCGGCCCCGACGCGCAGCGGAGGGCCGGCGACCCCCUUCACAGUGGUAUAAUGAGCACAUGCCACUGACUGAAGUGAUCUA